AUGGACAAGAGAAAUUUAAAGAAACCAGAACUAUCAGAGAAGAAAACAGAUAAAAAAGACAGAGGCGAUUUGAAGAAGGUAAACGAAAGAAUUGUUAAAAAUAAUACUGAUAAUGACUCUAAAGUUAAGAUUAUUCAGCCCGAUGGGGGAGAUAACCUUAAAGCAAAAGGAGAUAAGAGAGCGUAUGCAGCAAGAAGAGCUGUAGAAAUAAAUAAAACCGAAGAGCGCUCAGAUACUGUGAAGAAGAAAGACAUAGAAAUAGCGCACAAUAGAAAUUUAGAGCUGGAAGAGAGAAGAAAGAUAAGAGAGAGGAAUUUAAAGAAGAAUCCUAACAUUAGCGUCACUAAUGAUGUUGCUAAGAAAGAAACUGUAAAUGUUAGAAAGGAUCCAAUUAAAAUUGUCAACGUUGGAAAGUCUAAUUUGGAAGCUUAUAAAAUAGACCGCUCAGUUAAAAAACCAAGUGUACCGCCAAAAGACAAGCCAGACGUAACGCAUACAUCCAAAGAUUCUUUUGAUAAAGAUAUUCCGCAGAGGCGACCGGUGAUAAAAACGAUUACAUCUAAAAACGACGCCACCAAAAUCUACAAAGCCGUGACAUUCGUCGAUAGAAACAAACAGAAACCUACAGCCAUACAAGUGAAGUUGCCAGAAUAUAAAACUUCUAAAACGUCUAACGCCAGUGCUGCAAUAAAAAAAGUUAGUAAAGAGAGUAUACUUCAAAGAGAGGUUACAUCUAAACCUUUGCCGCCAAAAAAGACGCGCAAGAAGACGAAACUGAAGCGUCUAGCUGAAUCCCCCGAGUCUUUAGUAAGAGGUGGUUCUCCACCAACAGAAGUAGCCAAAUGGGCUCCGUCGAGCAUUAAUAAGCACACGAGACCGUAUUACGAAGCUUGGGUGAGUACAACUCUAGCUGCUAUUUCUAAAGCAUCGAAAAAAGACAAAUUGUUUUUGGAGAAACAACACAUUUUGGAGACAUUCCAAAGAGCCUUGGCUAGAAGACCGGAGACGCCCGACUUGAUACAUGAAAAUUUCAAUGAUGAAAGAUAUACGGGUAGGAUUAAAGUAAGACAGAGGUAA